AAGAGUCAUUGCAGUUUCUGGCUUCGCAGAUGCUGACUUCAUACAGUGUGUUGCUUUAUAGGUGUGUGUUUUUAUUUAGUUGUAAAUAAGUAAGUUUGUGUGUGUUUCAUGUCUCGGUUUAAGAGAGGAGCGGUAGCUGACCCUCGGGCUGGGUUCAGACAGGACACACCGGAAUGUCCAGUCCCGGCUGGACUGCUGAAGACCGCCAGAAAGAGCGGACAACUCAAUCUGUCCGGCCGCGGGCUCAGCGAAGUUCCUCAGAGUGUGUGGAGGAUAAAUGUGGACCCUCCAGAAGAAGCUAAGCAGAAUCUGUCCUUCAGUGCAUCAGAGCGAUGGUGGGAGCAAACUGAUCUCACCAAACUCCUGCUCUCCUCCAACAAACUCCAGACAAUCUCAGAGGACAUCAAACUCCUGCCUGCACUAGUGGUUUUAGAUAUUCAUGACAAUCAGCUCACUUCACUGCCAGCGGCUAUUGGCGAGCUGGAACAGUUACAGAAACUCAUCCUGAGUCAUAAUAAGUUGGCAGAGCUACCGACGGAGCUGUGGAGCCUGACAAACCUGCGAUGUCUCCAUCUGCAGCAGAACCUGCUGGAACAGCUGCCUACAGACUUGGGCCAGUUGUGCCACUUAGAGGAUCUUGAUGUCUCCAGCAACAAAUUAAUGGCUAUACCAGACAGCCUGGCAGACCUCAGCAACCUUGUAAAACUGAAUCUGUCCUUCAACAAUCUGAAGAGCCUGCCGCCUGCAAUCAGCGGAAUGAAGAAUUUGAGAAUGCUGGACUGCUCUCGGAAUCAGUUGGAGAGUGUGCCUCCUGUCCUGGCACAGAUGGCGUCUCUCGAGCAGCUGUACUUGAGGCACAACAAACUGCGCUUUCUCCCAGAGCUCCCCUCCUGCAAAACACUCAAGGAGCUUCACUGUGGGAAUAAUCAGAUUGAGGUAUUGGAGGCAGAUCAUCUAAAACACUUGAGCGCUCUGAGCGUUUUAGAGUUGAGAGAUAACAAAGUGAAGAUUCUUCCUGAGGAAAUAACUCUGCUGCAGGGCCUGGAGCGCCUGGAUCUUACUAACAAUGACCUUAGCAGUGUGCCCUGUGGUCUUGGAACUUUGCCUAAGCUGAAGUCUCUGGCUCUAGAGGGCAAUCCUCUGAGGACCAUCCGCAGAGAUAUUCUGACUAAAGGCACCAGUGAACUCCUGAAAUAUCUUCGAAGUCGAAUACAAGAGCAACCUGACGGGAACGCCAAAGAGGAGCCAAAGACAGCGAUGACUCUCCCAAGCCAGGCCAAGAUUAAUGUGCAUGCCAUCAAAACACUGAAGACCUUAGACUACAGUGAAAAGCAAGAUGCCUCCAUACCUGACGAGGUGUUUGAUGCAGUCAGUAACAGUCCUGUUGUCAACAUAAACUUCAGCAAAAACCAGCUGACCGCUGUACCACCCAGGAUUGUGGAGCUGAGAGACACUCUAGCAGACAUCAAUCUGGGAUUUAAUAAGCUUUCUACCAUUCCUCUUGAAUUUUCCAAGCUACAGCAGCUUGUACACAUAGACUUCAGAAAUAAUCUGCUGACAUCACUUCCAGUGGAGCUGGAAGCUCUCACCAAGCUGCGAGGCAUCAUACUGUCAUUUAAUAAAUUUAAGUGUUUUCCAGACGUGUUGUACCGCAUCUUGACCCUAGAGACAAUUUUAAUAAGCAACAAUCAAGUUGGAGCCAUCGACCCUGUGCGGCUUAAGCUGCUGGACAGGUUGUCCACACUGGACCUGCAGAACAAUGACAUCAUGCAGGUGCCACCAGAACUGGGUAACUGUACCAGCCUGAGGGCUCUGAUGCUGGAUGGGAAUCCUUUCCGUAACCCUAGAGCUGCGAUUGUGGCUAAAGGAACAGAUGCGAUUCUUGAGUAUCUACGAAGUCGCAUUCCUACAUGAAUCUAAUGUCUUACUGGGCUGAGCUACUCCCACUGCCAAAUAAUGAAAGUGCUAUCAGACUAAUACUGCAGACAAGACACAGCAGUUCUGUGCCAUAAAUCUGGGUUUUAUGUAAAUCUCCUAAAGUCUCAUGGCCUUAAUGGGAAAGUUCCAAAAAAUCACAUGAUAUUUGUUUAAAGCUCUGCAGUGAUCUAGCACACACUCUCAUUCUGUCUCUCACCAUCUUUCUUAUGACCACCUUGUACUUGCUGACCAACUUUACAAUAAACAACAUGGCAAAUGCAUUCAUUUUUAUUCUUAGCCUGUCUAGCAUGUGGACCAUAUGGCAUGAUUAAAGAAUGUUUUGCUAUAUUACAUUUUAACUUACAGUUCCAGUUGGACAUGAAUAUUUUUUAUUCAUUUAUAUUAUUAUUUUUGUUUGUAGUCCUUCGGCUGUUCCCAGUCGCCACACCGGAUUAUCUGAGCGGCACGUUUUGAUUUUGGCGCAGGUUUUUAUCUCGGAUGCCUUUCCUGAUGCAACCCUCCCAGUUUAUCAGGGCUUGGGACUGACACUGACAGCUAAACCCCUCAGUGUCUGGGUUGAUUCCCUGCCUAGGAUCUUUUGGCCAAUAAAAUGUAUUAUAUAAAAAUACUUUAAAUCAGAUUUCCAAAUAUUUAUUGUGCAAUUUAUUAUUGUAUCCUGAAAACCAACAUUUUUAUUAAAUUGACCAUUUGCACUAGUAACUGUA